CCUCUCUCUCUCUCUCUCGCUGGAAUCUCUCUUUGUCCUCCACGGCUCUCCGUACAUGCCCAGCCUGAGGAUGAGCUGCGUGCUAGAGAGCUUACGGUAAUUACGGCCGUCUGCUGUAGAUAUGCAACAGCGAGGGCUGCGCUGAGUCUGCUGCAACUUCCAUUCCACAUUCGCCUGGAGGAUGUCCACUCCGGAUCCUCCUUUGGGAGGGACUCCCCGGCCUGGCCCCUCCCCGGGGCCGGGGCCGUCUCCUGGGGCAAUGCUGGGGCCGGGGCCCUCCCCUGGAUCCUCCCACACUAUGAUGGGCCCAAGUCCCGGACCCCCAACCACAUCCGGUCACACUCUCCCUCAGCAAGGACCGUCUGGAUACACACAGCAGGAGAGCAUGCACCAAAUGCACAAACCUCUGGAGGGCCUGCAUGAGAAGAACAUGGCAGAAGACUCUCGCUUUAGUCAGAUGAAAGGAGUGCCUAUGAGAGCAGGAGCACAUGCUGGUAUGGGACCCCCACCGAGCCCUAUGGACCAGCACUCACAAGGCUACCCUUCUCCAUUAGGCUCCUCUGACCACGUGUCCAGCCCUCUCCCAGCAGGUGUACCGCCCUCCGGCCCCCUGCUGUCUUCCUCCGGAUCCUCUUCCGCCACACUGGAAGGCGCCGACUCCCAGCAGAACCGCCCUGGGACACAGGGAGGGGGGGCAGGUUCAGGGAGCAGCACUCCAGGCUCCUCCACCAACCCCACGCCCUUUAACCAGAACCAGCUGCACCAGCUGAGGGCACAGAUCAUGGCCUAUAAGAUGCUGGCGCGCGGGCAGCCCCUCCCAGACCACCUGCAGAUGGCAGUGCAGGGCAAGCGGCCCAUGCCAGGAAUGCAGCAGGGCCAGACCAUGCCAAGCCUGCCCCCUGGUGGAGGAGGGGGUCCUAACACGGGCCCUGGACCUCUGGGCCCCAACUACAGCAGAGCGCAUGUGUGUGCCGGCUGCUCCGCAGGAAUGACUGGACCUAACAUGCCUCCACCUGGCCCUUCUGGAGUUCCUCCUGGCAUGCAGGGCCCCCCUGCUAAUGGACCCCCGAAAACCUGGCCGGAAGGUCCUAUGGUGAACGCAGCCACCCCCUCCAACGCCCCUCAGAAGCUGAUCCCUCCUCAGCCCACAGGCCGCCCCUCACCAGCACCACCCUCCGUGCCCUCGGCCGCCUCUCCAGUCAUGCCACCCCAGACUCAGUCUCCUGGACACCCGGGCCACCCAGCCCAGCCCACUCCUAUGAUCCCCCUGCAUCAGAAACAAAACCGCAUCACCCCCAUCCAGAAACCCUGUGGACUGGACCCUGUGGAGAUCCUGCAGGAGAGAGAGUACAGGCUUGAGGCACGUAUAACUCACCGCAUUCAGGAGCUGGAGAAUCUUCCGGGCUCGCUGGCAGGAGACCUGCGUACAAAGGCUACAAUAGAGCUCAAAGCUCUCAGGCUGCUGAACUUCCAGCGACAGCUGCGUCAGGAGGUGGUGGUGUGUAUGCGGCGGGAGACGGCUCUGGAGACAGCUCUGGAUGCUAAGGCUUAUAAGCGCAGUAAGAAACAGUCACUCCGAGAGGCUCGCAUCACCGAGAAACUGGAGAAGCAGCAGAAGAUUGAACAGGAGCGCAAACGCCGGCAAAAGCACCAGGAAUACCUGAACAGCAUCCUCCAGCAUGCUAAAGACUUUAAGGAGUAUCAUCGUUCCAUCACUGGGAAGAUCCAGAAGCUGACCAAAGCUGUCGCUACGUACCACGCCAACACUGAGAGAGAGCAAAAGAAGGAGAAUGAACGCAUCGAGAAAGAGAGGAUGAGGAGACUGAUGGCGGAGGAUGAGGAGGGCUACAGGAAGCUGAUCGAUCAGAAGAAGGACAAGCGCUUGGCCUACCUGCUGCAGCAGACUGAUGAGUAUGUGGCCAACCUCACUGAGCUGGUGCGCGCUCACAAAGCUGCACAGGCCCUCAAGGAAAAGAAGAAGAAGAAGAAAAAGAAGAAGAAGCUGGAGAAUGCAGAGGGGCAACCUGUGGCUCUGGGACCGGAUGGAGAGCCACUGGACGAGACGAGUCAGAUGAGUGACCUGCCAGUAAAGGUGAUCCACGUGGACAGUGGGAAGAUCCUGACUGGAGUGGAUGCUCCCAAAGCUGGACAGCUAGAGACCUGGCUGGAGAUGAACCCUGGAUAUGAGGUGGCUCCAAGGUCAGACAGUGAGGACACAGGGUCUGACGAGGAAGAGGAGGAAGAGGAGGAGCAGUUGCAGCCAUCACAGUCCUCUGUGGAGGAGAAGAAGAAGAUUCCCGAUCCUGAUAGUGAGGAUGUGUCAGAGGUGGAUGCCCGUCACAUCAUUGAGCACGCUAAGCAGGAUGUUGACGAUGAGUAUGGUGGUGCUGCAUUCACAUGUGGUCUGCAGUCUUAUUACUCAGUGGCUCAUGCAGUCACAGAGAAAGUGGAUAAACAGUCUUCACUGCUGGUCAAUGGCCAGCUCAAACAAUAUCAGAUUAAGGGUUUGGAGUGGCUGGUGUCUCUGUAUAAUAAUAAUCUGAACGGAAUUCUAGCUGAUGAGAUGGGAUUAGGGAAAACCAUCCAGACGAUCGCACUCAUCACCUACCUCAUGGAGUACAAGCGCCUCAACGGACCCUAUCUCAUCAUCGUGCCACUCUCAACUCUGUCUAACUGGGUGUAUGAGUUUGAUAAAUGGGCGCCCUCCGUGGUAAAAGUCUCUUACAAGGGAUCCCCUGCAGCCAGACGAGCGUUCGUGCCACAACUCCGCAGCGGCAAGUUCAACGUUCUUCUCACCACUUAUGAAUAUAUUAUCAAAGACAAGCAAGUGCUGGCGAAGAUUCGCUGGAAGUACAUGAUCGUAGACGAGGGUCACCGCAUGAAGAACCAUCACUGUAAGCUAACCCAGGUACUGAACACGCACUACCUGGCCCCUAGACGAGUCCUUCUGACUGGCACACCACUGCAGAACAAGUUGCCCGAGCUGUGGGCCCUACUCAACUUCCUGCUCCCCACCAUCUUUAAAAGCUGCAGCACCUUUGAGCAAUGGUUCAACGCCCCCUUCGCCAUGACCGGAGAGAAGGUGGAUCUGAAUGAGGAGGAGACCAUACUGAUUAUUCGGCGUCUGCACAAGGUGCUCCGCCCCUUCCUGCUGCGCAGGCUGAAAAAGGAAGUGGAAGCUCAACUACCUGAGAAGGUUGAGUAUGUGAUAAAAUGUGACAUGUCAGCGCUGCAGAGAGUGCUGUACAGACACAUGCAGGCCAAAGGUGUUCUUCUCACAGAUGGAUCUGAAAAAGACAAGAAGGGUAAAGGCGGUACUAAAACUCUGAUGAACACUAUCAUGCAGUUGAGGAAGAUCUGUAAUCAUCCCUACAUGUUCCAACAAAUCGAGGAGUCAUUUUCAGAGCACCUGGGUUUCUCUGGUGGAAUAGUUCAAGGUGCUGACUUAUAUCGAGCAUCUGGAAAGUUUGAGGUGCUGGACCGGAUUCUGCCCAAACUCCGAGCAACCAACCACAAAGUGUUGCUCUUCUGCCAGAUGACGUCACUGAUGACCAUCAUGGAGGACUACUUCGCUUACCGCAACUUUAAAUACCUCCGUCUGGAUGGGACCACUAAAGCAGAGGACCGGGGCAUGCUGCUGAAGACAUUUAAUGACCCCGAGUCCCAGUACUUCAUCUUCCUGCUGAGCACCAGGGCUGGGGGGCUGGGCCUCAACCUGCAGAGCGCUGACACCGUGGUCAUUUUUGACAGUGACUGGAACCCUCACCAGGACCUGCAGGCUCAGGAUCGUGCUCACCGCAUUGGACAGCAGAAUGAGGUGAGGGUGCUGCGCUUGUGCACUGUGAACAGUGUGGAGGAGAAAAUCCUUGCUGCUGCCAAAUAUAAGCUCAACGUGGACCAGAAGGUCAUCCAGGCCGGCAUGUUUGACCAGAAGUCGUCCAGCCAUGAGCGGCGCGCCUUCCUACAGGCCAUCCUGGAGCACGAAGAGCAAGACGAGGAAGAGGAUGAAGUUCCAGAUGAUGAGACUGUGAAUCAGAUGAUUGCCAGAAGUGAAGAGGAGUUUGAUCACUUCAUGCGAAUGGAUCUGGACCGACGGCGGGAGGAGGCACGGAACCCAAAGCGCAAGCCUCGUCUAAUGGAGGAGGACGAGCUGCCCACCUGGAUCAUGAAGGACGAUGCAGAGGUAGAGCGGCUGACCUGCGAGGAGGAGGAGGAGAAGAUGUUUGGCCGCGGCUCACGACAGAGGAAGGAGGUCGACUACAGUGACUCGCUCACUGAGAAACAGUGGCUCAAGGCUAUAGAGGAGGGCACCUUGGAGGAGAUUGAGGAAGAAGUGCGACAUAAGAAGACCACACGCAAGAGGAAGAGAGAUCGCGACCUGGAUGCAGGCCCGUCCACCUCUGGGACUCGUGGAGGAAGAGAUAAAGAUGAGGAAAGCAAAAGACAGAAGAAACGGGGACGUCCCCCAGCAGAAAAACUGACCCCAAACCCCCCAGCCCUCACCAAGAAGAUGAAGAAGAUUGUGGACGCCAUGAUCAAAUACAAAGAAAGCAGUAAUGGCCGCCAGCUGAGCGAGGUGUUCAUCCAGCUGCCAUCUCGUAAAGAGCUGCCAGAGUACUAUGAGCUGAUCCGCAAGCCUGUCGACUUCCGCAAGAUCAAGGAGCGUAUUCGUAGUCAUCGCUAUCGUAGUUUGAAUGAUCUGGAAAGAGAUGUGAUGCUGCUGUGUCAGAAUGCGCAGACCUUCAACCUGGAGGGCUCUUUGAUUUACGAGGACUCCAUCGUGCUGCAGUCUGUGUUCACUAGCCUGCGGCAGAAGAUCGAGAAAGAAGAGGAAAGCGAGGGAGAGGAGAGUGAAGAGGAGGAGGAGGAGCAGGACGAAGGCUCUGAGUCUGAGUCACGCUCUGUGAAGGUGAAGAUUAAACUGGGCCGGAAGGAGCGCAGUGUAGAGAGGGGCAAAGGCAGGAGGAGGGGCGGGAGAACCAGAGCCAAACCUGUGGUCAGUGAUGAUGAUACUGAGGAGGAGCAGGAGGAGGAGCGCUCCAACAGUGCCAGCGAGGAAGAACAGGGAUAAAGAGACUAUGUAAACUCCAUGUCCCUUGCCAGGUACUACAAGAUUAAAGCCUUAAUCAGGACAUUUGGGACCACAUUCUUCUUUGAGAUGCUUUUCACAGCUCGCACAGGAGACUGGAGAAGCAUGUAUGAGAUACAGUACCAGAGUGAAAAUAUUUGGAUUUUUAGAGCGCAUUUUAGAGCAUCCCUCAUCCUGGAGCUUCAUUUUCUUCUUAUUUGUCAAUUUUGGCCCAUUUUGUGAAUAUAUUGGCAUGUUUACAUGGAAUUGAGGUCUAAUAAACGUCCUGAUUGGAGCUUUAUACCGGCUAAUCACUGACACAUGAUUAGCAUUUCUGUGCAGUAUGGAAGUGAAUUAGGUUAGAUAGCUAUAACUAAAUUGCCUAUACUGUUGUAUCUAAUGAAAACAUGUCAUCUUAAACCAAAACGUGUACUGUAAGUGUAAAUGCCUGCAUGUGCUUUAAUGUUUUAAUGUGGACGCAGCUCGUAGCACACUGCCCCUUGUGGACCCAUUUGUGUACUGAGCGAAGUGGCUGGCCCUACUGCCAGCAGUUUGUGUGUGCGUGAGUCACGUAGCACAGUAUUUAGUUUAAGGUAUUGUGCUGAUGUAAGUUUCGGGGCAUUUUAAGUCAUAAGCUUGAUGCACAACAUCCAGCUGCAUGUGUUUGAGUGCUUAGUGCUUGAGCCAUUAAAAUGUCAGCUUUUUAUCCCCAACUUGAGGUACUUUUAACAAAAAGGUUAAGACUGCCACCAAGAUAGUGUGUAAGAAGCACUGAGCUCCAUGUAUCUCAACCCGAAUUCUUGAAAGUGACACACCAUUGGUAAAAAGGAUAGUCUUGACGUGUAAGUUGCUCUGGAUAAGAGCGUAUUUUAGAUCAAAUGUAAUAUCGAUGUUGUUUUUGAAUGUGCACCGCUCUGUACUAGCAUGCCAAAGCACUGUAGGUUUAAGUGUGAGUUUACUUUUGUAGAAAUGGAACUUGAUGUUAUGUAGAUUUUGUCCAUGUUUUUAAAAAUGGAUUUGAUGGAUGUCUCCACUGUUGUGGUGAUGUUCAAACGAUGAUCUGUCUGUGCAGAGAAUGAAGCGUAUGACUUUUUCUGUAUCGAGUGUCAGUGAACGCUCAGAAAUAACAAUAAAAUACUCCAGAACAGCUUUAUGCUUGUGA